UUGCCAUUUGCCACUAACUUCAAUUGUACAACUCUGCUUUGGUCUCCGCAAUAACCUGCUGCACACAUUUGUCCAUCAUUUCUCUUCCUUAUCUUCCCCCCAUUACUUUUCUCAUUAGUCCUCCUCAGAAACAAAGCAAACAAAGGGAGGCGAUAGGAGCAUAGGAGAUUACAGUUGCAUUUUCUAAGCUGAGAAUUUUGAGGCCAUGGCAUUUGCAGGAACAACCCAGAAAUGUAUGGCAUGUGACAAGACUGUCUAUCUUGUGGACAGGUUAGCAGCUGAUAACCGUGUGUACCACAAGGCUUGCUUCCGGUGCCAUCAUUGCAGAGGAACCCUCAAGCUUGGCAACUACAAUUCCUUUGAAGGGGUACUCUACUGCAGGCCACAUUUUGAUCAACUCUUCAAAAGAACUGGAAGUCUUGACAAAAGCUUUGAGGGGACACCAAAAAUUGUAAAACCAGAGAAACCUGUUGAUGGGGAGAAACCUAUAUCAACUAAAGUCUCGACCAUGUUCGCUGGAACCAGAGACAAGUGUUUCGGCUGCAAGAACACUGUCUAUCCUACUGAGAAGGUUUCGGUGAAUGGAACUCCUUACCACAAAAGCUGCUUCAAAUGCAUUCAUGGAGGAUGUACAAUUAGCCCAUCCAACUACAUUGCACAUGAAGGUCGCCUCUACUGCAAACACCACCACAACCAACUUAUCAAGGAAAAGGGUAAUCUGAGCCAACUUGAGGGUGAUGUUGAGAAGGAUUCCAUGAAUGACAAAACUAAUGGAAGAGAAGUUUCUGCUGAAUCAUAAAAUGCUGAACGAGUGUAUUUUCCUGCCUUACAAUGUUGUUGUCGCCCUCAUGGUUUAUUUACACUUCCUGCAGUUCAAAUGGCUUUAUGCCUACGAGUUAGAUUGAAAUCAUGAUAUUUAUCACCGAAAUGUGUGGGAUUUUGUUUGUUGUAUUUGGAUUUUGUUCUGCGACUAUGGAUGCUCGCGUGAGAUGAGAAGACCUAUUUGAUUCUA